AUGUUGUACAAGGGUGAUGGAGUACUAAUCUGUCAGAGAAAGUUCACCAUAGACCUGCUGAAAGAGUAUGACUGUUUGACAUACUCUCCUGUCAGUUCUCCACUUGACUCUACUGUCAAACUGAGCAAAGAUGAAGGAACCCUCUUGCCUGAUCCAGGGUACUACAGGAAGCUAGUUGGGAAGCUGAAUUUCUUAACAAACACUAGACUGGACAUAGCCUACAGUGUCCAGCAUCUAAGACAAUUCAUGCAAGCACCAAGGGAACCUCACCUAAAGGCAGUUGUUCAUGUCCUUAGAUAUCUGAAGAAAGACCCUACUUUGGGAAUCUUCUUGUCCAAUGACCCCAGCUACAAUGUAAGUGCUUAUUGUAACUCAGAUUGGGUUGCUUGCCCUGAUUCAAAAAAAUCUGUGAGUGGGUAUAUUGUGCUACUUGGGGAUAGUCCUAUAAGUUGGAAGUCAAAGAAACAAACUACUGUUUCAUUAUCCUCUGCUGAGGCAGAGUAUAGGUCAAUUAAAAAAGUUGUGGGAGAAUUGGUGUGGAUAAAGAGAUUGCUGGAAGAGUUGACAGUCAUGUGUGCUGAUCCUAUAACUAUAUUUUGUGACAGUCAAGCUGCUGUUCAUAUUGCAAGAAAUCCCGUGUUUCAUUAG